AUGUGGCCUCCAGUGUGUGAGCUGUUGUUGUUCGUGGCAGCCAUCAGCCUCAGUCUCGUCGAUGCAGCAAAGCACACGGCCAUUACUACCCUGACUCCUUGCCCCUCCGCUUCCGGCCGGAAGACAUCGGCCCCCAUUACCGUCACCAGUCAAUAUCAGCGUGUUUCUACCUGCGAUGCUUCGGCCAAGGCCUGUAUUAGGAAGAAGUGUUGGACACAGUAUGACUAUUCGACCUACGACUUUGUUUCCACCGUCAUUCCUUGCCCAUUCGCCUCACCCUCGCCGGUGACCACCGUGACUAAGACCGAACAAUCAGUCCUGGUCUCCCGAUCUUCGGGCACCAUCACUAAUACACAUAUCAUAUCGACGGCAACCAUCAAGGGGGGGAAACCCAUCACGGUGACCUCGACGGUAUCUACGUACACAACUAUCAACAAGGAGUGGAAUGCCAUCUACAAGGAUCUCGGUCCUUACGCCAUUCCAAACUACGAUGGUAGUGGCAUUUGCACCGACUGUAUGGGACCUCAUGGAGAGAAGAUGCAGACCCUCGACGUGAUCGAAUGUGUCGAGGGGUCCGGCCAACCUACAGUCUGCCACGAGUACCCCGAGGUCUGGGUCUUCGGCUCUAAGCCUAGAUCGGCUCGGACGGCAUCAGCAGCAUGCUCGACCAAGACGUCCGUCUCCGCCGCCGGCAUCUACGUCUUCGAGUUCACACAGCACGCGCCACCGGCCACUGUCCAGAUUCCUGAACGAACCAUUACUUACAUCGUCCAAGGGAGAGUCGCAACCACGACUGUCACGGCCACCGAGGCUGUCUUCCCUAGUAGAGACUGGACGGCGUCCGUAACACGAACCUGUCCCCGGCCGACCUCCAUCGAGUUUGAUAUAACCAUCACCAAGGUCAUCGUCGAUGCCAUCCCGUAUUCCCCUGCCGGCGUCGUGGUCGGACUGGGUCCAGACGACAACAACUGA